GUGCGAUGUUACGCUUCACGAGUAAAUGGAUAUCCCGAAAUGUGCUCUAGGUAGAUUUGCCCUGGGUAGCUCUGAGCAUAUCUCAGUAGCUGAUUCAUGAAUGAUGAAAACUUUCAAAAACUCUUCGUCCCCUUGUCUUUGCCUGUUUCUGUCUUCGCUAUUGCUUUCGUCGUUCUCUGUGCUGAUCGUACUAAGCUUGUAUUCCCGAAGCCAUCUACCGAACCCCGCUAUGUCACGCCGCCGUCACGCAACGUCAUUCUUAGCUUUUCCCGUCGGAAGGCUGUUCAGAACUCACGGUAACUGCCUGGAGAGUAUAGACCGAUCUGACUGACUCAAUACGUUUCAUCUUGCCUGAUACUUCGUAAGCUUUUCCCUAGGACCUGCGACACCGCAUUCAGUGGUUUGCACCGGACCUUUGAAAGAACUGUUGAUCUCUUACACUACAUGCACAUACCGCAAAGUACUGCGGAGCUAGGCAUCAUGCUAUCAAUCAGCGAAAUCGUCGAAGCGCAUAAGCCAGAUCUUGAAGCGUAUGAGGAACUCUGUGAGUGUGAUUUACAUGGCCAGGCAGAUUCGGCGUUCGUCAUGAGAUGUCAGGCAUUCUUUCGAUACCAUGUAUCUCAUUCAUUACAUCAUGUCAUUGUACUUGGACCUUUCAGCUCGCAGAUUCAAUCAUGCCGUGCAUUCGCCUCACGUACUGACGUCCCAGACAAAUGGUUCCAUACCCAUCCCGAGCUCUCCUUCUGCGAGAAGGAGACGGCCGCCGCCAUCGUCAAACACCUGGAGUCCUUCAACGCCUUCGAAAUCCACCCGCACAUUGGCGGCCACGGACUUGCUGCCGUGCUCAAGAACGGUUCCGGUAAGACGCUCCUGCUGCGCGCUGAUAUCGAUGCGCUCCCUGUGCAAGAGCAGACUGGGCUUGAGUACGCGAGUACGAAACGAAUGAAGGAUGCUGAAGGGAUCGAGAAGCCGGUCAUGCAUGCUUGUGGGCAUGACAUGCACAUCACCGCACUCCUCGCUGCCGCAGAGACCCUCGUCGAAGCGCGAGAAGUUUGGAGUGGAACACUCAUCCUCGUCUUCCAGCCCGCAGAAGAGAAAGGCAAGGGCGCUCAAGCCAUGGUCGACGACGGUCUGUACGACAAAGUCCCCGUACCGGACGUCGUGAUCGGAGCACACGUUAUGCCUGAGAAAACUGGUGUGAUUGGUACCAAGCACGGUUUGAUUGCGAGUUCGGCGGAUUCGUACCUAUUGAAGAUCAAAGGCCGGCAAACCCACGCGUCAACCCCCCACCGGGGCAACGACCCCAUCGUGCAAGCCGCCAGCACAAUCCUACGCCUCCAGACCAUCGUCGCGCGGGAAAUCGACCCGUUGGACUUCGCCGUGGUCACGGUCGCCGCGAUUCACGCUGGCGACGCCGAAAACAUCAUCCCAGAGCACGCAGACCUGAAAAUCGACGUCCGAGCCGCGAAUCCCGAGACGCGUGCGCGCGUACUGAAGAGCGUGAGAACCAUCGUCGAAGCGGAGGCGAUUGCGAGCAGCAAUCCUCAUGUGCCUGAGUUGAAGGAGAUUCGCAAUUUUCCGUUGCUGUACAAUGAUGCGACCGUGACUUCGACGCUCGAAUCUGCCUUCUCGAGUCACUUCAAGGAGAGUAAACACGCGAGCUACACCCGAAAUAUUGCGCGGUUGCAGGGAAGUGAGGACUUUGGGGUCCUGGCUACAGCCGUGGGCAAGCCGAGCUGCUUCUUCCUGUAUGGUGGAACGGAUCCGGAGCUGUAUUCGAAGCUGGAGAAAGAGGGGAAGAUGGCGGAGGUGCCGGGUAAUCACUCGCCAUUCUUUGCGCCGGUGGUACAGCCGACGCUAAGUGUGGGGUUUGAGGGGUACACUGUUUCUGCGUUGACGUUUUUGGGGAAGACAUGAGUGGUGAUGUGGGAAGGGAGCAAGGGAAAGAACGGCGAACAGCUUAUAAAUGAGUUCAGUCCUGUAUGGGCACAAUCCGAUUAGAACAAACUUCUCUCGCGCUCGAAACGUGGACCAGUGAACAGAUAUCAGUAAAUCGAUACCAGGUUCCAAUCGCCA